GGGUGUCCUGAGCUGAAUCAGGACUUGGAUCCACAGCCACUGCUGUCAUUGUCACCACCAUUUCAGCUCUGGGGCAGCUGUCUGGACUCUUGAUCAGGGCUGGUGAACUGUCUGCCAUCCCACAGUUCAGCCCUCUACCUGUGCCAUCGCAUGGAAGCUAGGAGCCGGGCUCCCAGAAGACAGCCGUGCCCGCCUGGGAUCACUUGGCUGGCCCUGGCCUAUCUGCUCAGCUGCCUGCUUGCCUCCAGCAAGGCCAAGGUCUUCAGUCGCUGUGAGCUGGCCAAAGUGCUGCAUGACUUCGGUCUGGAAGGCUACAGGGGAUAUAACCUGGCUGACUGGAUCUGCCUUGCGUACUACACAAGCGGCUUCAAUACGGAUGCUGUGGAUCACGAAGCUGACGGAAGCACCAACAACGGCAUCUUCCAGAUCAGCAGCCGGAAGUGGUGCAAAAACCUCGCCCCGAACGGCCCCAAUCUUUGCAGGAUAUACUGCACGGAUUUGUUGAGCAAUGAUCUCAAAGAUUCUGUCGCCUGUGUCAUGAAGAUAGCGCAAGAGCCCCAGGGCCUGGGCUACUGGGAAUCCUGGAAGCACCAUUGUCAGGGCAGGGACCUCAGUGACUGGGUGGAUGGCUGUGACUUCUAGGACCCUCUCUGGAUGGACUAAGCCACACACAGCUGGCUGGGAAGUGUGGGCUUGUUCCUGACCCAGGCUUGGGAAGACAAGCCAAGUAAUAAAAGUCUAAUUUGACAGAAA